CCGUCCUCAUUCCAUUCCAACACACGCACGCUAUUUUGUUUGUUCAUAUUCGCUUCUCUUCCCCUUCUUUCUAGCCAAAUUCGAGCAAGUCUCUAAACAAGCGCCGAAAUGCGUUCGACAACUCUUCAAUCUCUUCUCUUUCUCGCUGGUGCGACUCUUUCUUUCGCUAGCCCGGUCUGGCCUCAUUACUCGGUGGAUAAUGAGCACCUUGAGGUCCUAGCUCUACGAGCUUCAACGGCAGUGAACCCGGCCGCAGUUUCUGACGUGACGUGUACUGACCCGAACGUCAAAAUCGUGUCCCACGACCAGAACGUAGCGGAGCUGGGCAUCUGCGGUGGCAUAGCGGGCUCAAUCCAAAAAUGCGGCGGCGCACCUCAGACUACGACGGGCAAAUCGGGCAGUGCUGAAUUUACGCUGAGUACCGCGACAAAAGGCGCGACGAUCAACAUCUCCAAGGGCCGUUGGGAACAGUGCGUGCGCGCGGCCCGUGCGAUAUGCCCGACUGGAAGCAUGAAGGGCACAUGUGCAGGUGGUGCGUCGUCGGGCGAUGUCAACUUUACCCUGGAUUCGCCGUUAUAAGGACGAUGGACACAGCGGGGAAUUGAGAGUUGGUUAUAUGAGGGUUAGGGGACCUGGGGAUGGAAAAGAAUAAGGGCGACAUCAUACGAUCAUGAACAUCUUUUCUUGAAAAGUAAAAUCCGACGAAAACCCAAUUUCGGCGUGUGUAUAAGGGUCCUAGAUACCUUGGCGGGAACGGACUUCAGAGGCCCCGGGGCGUUCAAUGGGUUCGAGACGAUAUCCUUCUUAAGCGGCAUGUUGCUGCUCUGCAUUUUGUCGAAAGACUUGUAUAACAAAACAUUGACGAUUAU